UCACUUCUUCUCGGCACUGGUGUCUGAUAGCAGGUUGUGACUCAUGGCAGUUGCUUCGUACGUUUGUGUCGCCUGGCUAGCAGCCAUACUCGUGGCUGCAAACAGUGCCACUGUCAGUCUGUCGGACUCCAAAACAGCCGUAAAGAAUGAAGAGAAAGAGCAAAAUGUCUCCGCAAGCAGAACUGCUCGAAUGACUCAUUGUCGUCCUGGAUGGAAGCAAUACCAGGGGAGUUGCUAUCGUUCUGUAAGAAUGACAGCGAAUGUCAACUGGCAUGAGGCACAGACAGUCUGCAACGACAACGGCGGGCAUCUCCCCACAAUAUCGUCUGAACAGGAGAACACAUUCGUGUACAACAUGUACUCAUCUCAUUGCCUCUUCACACAUCGCAGAUAUCUGGGUUUCCAUGAUGGCGUCAACGAGGCGCACUUUAAGUGGGUCGAUGAUUCAACAUCCAGUUACACAAAAUGGCGUGCAGGUGAACCAAACGACUCCGGAUCACGAGAAGACUGCACUCACAUGUACGGUAAUAACGGCGAGUGGAACGACAUAAGCUGUACAAACAAGUACUUCAACUGUUUCUUGUGUGAAGACACACAAGCUUGUCCUCAUGGUUGGGUACCAUUUGGUGGUUCCUGUUUUCGCCAAUUCUAUCACGCUUCUGCUCUCAGUUGGCAUGAGACAAGAGCAAAGUGCAGAACAGUGGGUGCUGACUUAGUUUCUGUUAAUUGCGAAGAAGACCAAAAGUUUCUUGACAGUUUCAUGACCGGACGAAGUUGGUACUACAUCGGAUUUACUGAUGCGAGCGGUGAAGGCACUUUUCGUUGGUCCGAUGGCUCCACCAGUACCUACACCAAAUGGUUAGCAAAUGAACCAAACAAUGCAGGAAGCAAUGAAGAUUGUGCAGUGGCUCAUAUUGGUAGAGGAUGGAAUGACGUGCCCUGCCACAACAAAUACCGCCACUAUUAUGCGUGUGAGAUAAACUGAGAAGCUUGAUGCAAGGAUGGAGUGCUGAGUGUCUGUUGUUCGCUUAAUUGUUUCAACGUUGGACGUCAUACUUGUGUUUUAUUACAAUGUACUUGUAUCCCCAGCCUGUUCUCUAGGCCAUUAUGUAUGACAAGAACCUAAACCUUGAAAACAUUCGAAUAAAUCUAUGCUAAAUACUGCA